CAUUUUGUUCCGCCGAGAAGCCCCUAAGAUGGCGGCGGGGGAGACGGUGAAGGUUGCAGCCUGCGCCUCCGGGCUCUAGUCCGCCGUCUCCCCGUCCCCCAGCGGCCGGCCCAUGGCCUGGUGGAGGCCCAGACCAUGGACCUCCACACCGCCGUGUACAACGCCGCCCGCGACGGCAAGCUGCAGCUGCUUCAGAAGCUGCUCAGCGGCCGGAGCCGGGAGGAGCUAGACGAGCUGACCGGCGAGGUAGCCAGCGGGGGGACGCCGCUGCUCAUCGCCGCCCGUUACGGCCACUUGGACGUGGUUGAGUACCUGGUGGAUCGGUGCGGCGCGAGCGUGGAGGCGGGCGGCUCGGUGCACUUCGAUGGCGAGACCAUCGAGGGCGCGCCGCCGCUAUGGGCCGCCUCAGCCGCCGGCCACCUGGACGUGGUGCGGAGCCUGCUGCGCCGCGGGGCCUCGGUGAACCGCACCACGCGUACCAACUCGACGCCCCUGCGCGCCGCCUGCUUCGACGGGCACCUGGAGGUGGUGCGCUACUUGGUGGGCGAGCACCAGGCGGACCUGGAGGUGGCCAACCGGCACGGGCACACGUGCCUGAUGAUCUCCUGUUACAAGGGCCACCGCGAGAUCGCCCGCUACCUGCUGGAGCAGGGCGCCCAGGUGAACCGGCGCAGCGCCAAGGGCAACACAGCCCUGCACGACUGCGCGGAGUCUGGCAGCCUGGAGAUCCUGCAGCUACUGCUCGGGUGCAACGCCCGCAUGGAACGUGACGGCUACGGCAUGACCCCGCUGCUGGCGGCCAGCGUGACGGGCCACACCAACAUCGUGGAGUACCUCAUCCAGGAGCAGCCUGCCGGGGAGGAGACGCGGCCAGAGCUGUCGGGAGAAGGCCCCUCCGCCAGCCCAACGUGCGUGCAGCCCCAGGGGGCCCGCUGCUCCAGCUCCUCCCCGGAGGAACCACCGAGCGGUGAAUCUUACGAGAGCUGCUGCCCCACCAGCCGGGAAGCUGCCGUGGAAGCCUUGGAAUUGCUGGGAGCCACUUACGUAGAUAAGAAGCGGGAUCUGCUUGGGGCCCUGAAACACUGGAGACGGGCCAUGGAGCUGCGUCACCAGGGGGGCGAGUAUCUGCCUAAACCCGAGCCCCCGCAGCUGGUUCUGGCCUAUGACUAUUCCAGGGAGGUGAACACUGCCGAGGAAUUGGAGGCGCUCAUCACCGACCCGGAUGAGAUGCGCAUGCAGGCCCUGUUGAUCCGAGAACGUAUCCUGGGUCCCUCUCACCCAGACACUUCCUACUAUAUCCGUUAUCGUGGCGCUGUGUACGCCGACUCCGGCAAUUUCGAGCGCUGCAUCCGCUUGUGGAAGUACGCCCUGGACAUGCAGCAGAACAACCUGGAGCCUCUGAGCCCCAUGACUGCCAGCAGCUUCCUCUCCUUUGCCGAACUCUUCUCCUAUGUGCUCCAGGACCGCUCUGCCAAGGGCAGCCUGGGCACGCAGAUCGGCUUCACAGACCUCAUGGGGGUGCUGUGCAAGGGGGUCCGGGAGGUGGAACGGGCCCUGCAGCUGCCCAAGGAGCCCGGGGACUCGGCCCAGUUCACCAAGGCCCUAGCCAUCAUCCUCCACCUCCUCUACCUGCUGGAGAAAGUCGAGUGCACACCCGACCAGGAGCACCUGAAGCACCAGACGGUCUACCGGCUGCUCAAGUGCGCCCCCCGCGGCAAGAACGGCUUCACUCCUCUACAUAUGGCCGUGGACGCGGAGACCACGAACGUGGGCCGCUACCCGGUGGGCCGAUUCCCCUCCCUCCAGGUGGUCAAGGUGCUGCUCGACUGCGGGGCGGACCCUGACAGCCGGGACUUUGACAACAACACCCCGCUGCACAUCGCGGCGCAGAACAACUGCCCAGCGAUCAUGAACGCCCUGAUUGAAGCGGGGGCCCACAUGGACGCCACCAACGCCUUCAAGAAGACGGCCUACGAGCUGCUGGACGAGAAGCUGCUGGCCAGGAGCACCCUGCAGCCCUUCAACUACGUCACCCUGCAGUGCCUUGCAGCCCGCGCCCUGGACAAGAACAAGAUCCCCUACAAGGGCUUCAUCCCCGAGGAGCUGGAGGCUUUCAUCGAGCUGCACUGACCAGUUCCGAGAGGAGAAGCCGGGACGGGCGGAGCUCACCGCGUCCUCGACUGAGCACUUCCGGUGCGCGAAACGGGAGAAGGGCUCUCCCGCCUCCGCGGCCCUUCACUUCUGCAGGGACGGGAGAGGAAUUAGCGAGCUGUUGGUGCUAGAAGCUUCCAGGAUCACGCGCUCGGAGAGCUUUCUCCAAGAGCCCUCGCGCCCAUCCUUAACUGGGAGACGAUGCUCAGCCUCCCACACGUCCCGUCUGCCUAGGUUUCUGAGGAUUCUGCCUUCCGACCCGGAGGCAGAGGGCUUGAAGCCAUCGCCUGCCUUCCUUCCCUACCAGAAACACAAGAAGGAGCCGAGAGUCGGGUCGGUCCUCAGCCCCUUUAGCGGCCGGGUCGACACAGCCCCCGGAUGCAGUGUUAGGAAUGGGGGCUCUGGGGCAGAAAGUGGGAGACCAGCUCUGGCUUCUUCCUGCGCCCCCCACCACCUUGCCUGUGGGUAGGGCCCUCUGCCCGGUGCGGCCUGCCCUUUGCGUAGCGUUUGUGGUUUGCUGUUCUGUUUCUUUACCAAGUGGGCAGGUUACAGGUGCGAUACAGGAGUCCUGGGGUUUGCUGCCAUUUACCUUUUUUUCUUUCUUUCUUUUUUUCUUUUUAAGAUUUUGGUUUGUCAAACACGAUAAGUUGAUUGCACCCAGCGAGGGUUUUGUCGUGCCUGAGCUGGCCACGGCGGGCAGGAGUGAGCCUCACCGUGUGAAGAAUUUGAUGCGGGAGGUGCCGUCCCAGGUAUCGGUCCCCAGUCCAAGGGUGCCUGGACCUUUCUGAAAACGUCACUCCUUUGCCUUUUCCGUGGGCCGCCCGACUUCUAGUUCUUACUAGAAAAGAAGUAUUUUUCCUAACGAGGAGCAGACCAGACCCCGAAGGAGCUGGGCCUCCCACCCAGCAAGAGCUAGCGGGUCGGCUUAGGGUUUGGUUUUCCCAGUUUCCGAGUUAAAGCCAACCGCAGGCCGCUUCCGCCUCCCAGACCGUGUCCAGGGGCCCAGGAUAGGCAGCUGGCAUCCCGAAUGUCUGUAGCCAGUUUGUCACUGCUUGAAGGCCUGCAUCUAGGGGUCCCUGAGCAAAUGCCAAGUUCACUGUCACCCCAGUGUGUCAGCUAGAUGAGACAGUGGGUGUGGAGAACCGGUUGCCGGCCUAGGUGGGACAACCUCAGGAGCCACUCUCCCUCCACCAAGCCCGGCAGGAGCAGCAGAGAGUUCUAGUCCUCUGCAGAGCUGCCCCCACAGCUCGGGGGAGGGGUCGCCCUCCCCAGGGCGUCACCAUGGAAACCUUCAGAAGCCACAGCGGUCCCGCCCCCCUAAGGGAGCUAGGUCUCGUUUGGAUUUGCAGUGUUAGUUAGGACGUUCUUUAUUUACCAGACCAGGUUUUGCUUUCCGGCAAGGCGGGAAACGCCAUCCUGCCCCCUCAAAAGCCCGGAAUAAAGAAAUGAGGCUGUUGA